GAUGCAUAUCAUCCAAUUCUUCAAUCCAACCCAUCGAAAAUAAAGGGAAUAUUGGGAAGUUGCGUGAUUUGCAUCAGGGUCCGCAUUGUUUGUACACAUUCUGGGACUAAAGUUGUGUUAGAUGUGAUAUCCCGGUGAUGAGCAUCACGAAGCGUUCAAGACAAAGUGUCGUGGUCCUUCAAGUCUCGCAGAAUGUUCCUCGUUAGAUCCGUAUCCUUGACACGGGUUCCCGGGCUUCGAUUAACUUAUCUGUGUCAAAACAUUGCCUCCAAACAAUGGUAUUCUCAAGAACCAAUCGAGCAAGAAGUCACUUUUGGCAAGCUAGCCGAAGAGGCCAGUUUGAUACUCAAAUCCAGCAUAGACCGUGGCGUAGCCUUGGAGAAGUUCCAAGACCAUGACGCGUUGGAUAAAAUGGAGGCUAAAAUUGCAGACACCUAUCGUCCGCGACCCUCCGAUUACUUGUAUCAAAUCCACCAGUUCUUGUCCAAGAACGAUUUGAAAAGCGCGCUCAAUGUUCUUGAGCGCGACAUGCGACAGGAGUACGUCAAACCAGCUGUUGGCCACUUCCGGUUGCUGAUUCAUGCUUGCGGUAAAGUGGGCCACGUGCGUAAAGCGUAUGAGCUGUACAAAGAGUAUGUAUCUCGCAGCUUGGAUUGGAACCAUGGGAUUCUGGCAGACAUGUUCAAUGCUUGUGCUAAUGCUUCGGAGAAACCGUAUGCUUUGGCCAAAGCUAAGCAGUUAAGACUCAAUCUAGCCAAGCGCAAUGUUCAAAUGAGUAAAGUGACUUAUCAUAAUAUGCUCAAAGCUUUUGGUCGUUGCGGUGAUCUGGAACUGGCCUUCUCGAUCUUGGACGAGAUGAAGACUAAGAAUGUAUUGAUUGAUUCUGAGACACUAAAUCACUUACUUCAUGGAUGCGUCAGUGAUAAAGAAGCCGGAUUUAGACACGCCAUUGCUGCCUGGAAAUUGGUGGAGAAGAAGAAAGUCCGACCUGAUAGUUUUUCCUAUAAGCUUUUGCUUCGAGCGACCCAGGAAUGCGGUGCAGGAGAUCAAAGCUUUUAUUAUGAUAUACUUUUAGCUUGCAUGACUGUGGAAGAAGCACGGGAACAUCGACAGAAAGUCCUUAACUCUGGUCAGGCUCAAAGCCAAUAUCAACCUGGUCCCAACAAUGGCGAAAUGAUCGAAAAUGGACUACAAACCGUGGAUAGAAGUCAAUUGGUUGCCAAUCAGGCAAAUCAUCUCCCCAACGUGUUGCACCAAAAACCCAAUCUCAACGGUGUCAUUGGACUGGGAAGUCUUUUGACGCCUCAAAACAGAUUUCUCAUUUUGGGUGGAUUGGAUGGGUUCUUUGCUCACUUGAAAAGCCAAAAGAUCAAGCCUGAUAUCAUCACAUUCACUCUGGUGCUUAAUCUCAUUCCGGAUAAUGUUCAAGCGGAAGCUGACUUGCUCCAGAAGAUUGGCCACUUCGAUGUGAAACCGGAUAUUGACUUUUUCAACCAACUCAUCAAACGGCGAGCCAUGAGGAAAGACUACGCCCAUGGAAAAGAUACCCUUCAGCUUGUGAAUAAGUUCGGGCUCUCCAUUGAUAUCAUGACCUAUGGCAAUUUGGCGUUGUGUUGUGACUCACGUGUGAGUGCCUUAGAUCUAUUACGCGAUAUGGAAGAAAACAGCUACAAACCAACAAUAGAGAUCCUUCACGUUUUCUUAAAAGGUGCUGCCAUGAGAAAAAGUCCCCGUGAUGUACUCCUUUUCAUGCAAAUCAUGGAUCGAAAUGCUAUCAAACCCAAUCCCAGAGUGCUCAAGACAUUAGAGAAGUUCAAUCAAAUUUUCAAGAAUCUUGUCAAACAAUGGGAGCGAGGUGAAAAAGACCUGUACCAACUUCCCAAACCCAUGCACUACGAGGUCAAGAAUGGCUUUGAAUAUUGGACAAAGUUUGCCCAUUUCUACAAGUCGUGGCUCCGUAAAACCGAAAUGGAUCCUUUGGAACACCCUUUAAAGCAAUAUCUCACUGACAAAGACAUGAAAAAGGCAGAUGAGGGUGUGCCUUAUUUGAAACGAAUAAUUGAUCACUCGGAUUCAUGAAAGGUCAAUGCCCAAAGACGACUUUAUCAUUUUGUUCCUACGUCAUGCAACGCUUUGACACGAUUUCAUACAAGAAGGAAAUAAACGCUAGAAAUAAU